AUGCCGAAGACGAAAAAGAAAUUUAUAGAUCGUAAGAAAGCGGUGACGUUCAACCUAGUUCACAGAUCCCAAAGAGAUCCUCUCGCUGCUGAUGAAAGUGCUCCACAACGUGUUCUUGUACCUGUAAAUGCUAAUAUACCUUCUAAAAAGCAAAAAGAUCCCGAUUUAACACCAGAACAAAGGAGAGAAGAACAACAUAAAUAUGGAAUUUACUUUGACGAUGACUACAACUACCUUCAACAUCUUAAGGAUACUAGAGAAGUCACAAUGGUUUUACAGCCUAAAACAACCCAUAAAAGGAAAGAAAAGUCAACUACUCAAGAUGAAGAUGUAGAUACUGAUAUUGUAAAUGAAAUCACAGAUAACAUUAAGCUGCCUAGUUCAGUCUUUGCUUCGGAAAUUGAAGAGGAUAUUGGGUUGUUGAACAAAGCUGCAUCACAAGGAUUAUGUCUGGAUUUGGACCCGGAAGUUGUUGCAGCUUUAGAUGAGGAUUUUGAUUUUGAAGACCCUGAAAAUCAACUAGAAGACAACUUUAUAGAAUUGGCUAUGGCUGAUGAUGGUGAUGAAGAAUAUGAAGAUGAUGAAGACGAUGAUGACAGUACAUAUGCUGAUGAUGAUUCAAAUAAAGCAUUCGGUUCUGAUGAAGACUCUGAUGAUAAUAGUGAUGGGUCACAGGAAAGAAGACCUAAAAUGCCGACAUGGGACAAAGAUGAUGCAAAAUCUCGAUUCUCUCAGUACUCAAUGUCGUCAAGUGUGAUCCGGCGUAAUGAGGGACUGUCCUUACUCGACAAUAGAUUUGAAAAGAUGUUUGCAGAAUAUGACGAUACGGAAUUAGGUGCUUUAGACCUUGAGGAAAUUGAGGGUUUCAUGCCGGAGACUCAUGACAUGCUGCUCAAAGCUGCUGAGGAGUUUGCGGAGUCUCGCAGACGGUACCAGCUGGAUAAAGAGAAGGAGAUUGCUAGAAUACAACGUCUCCAAGAAAUAGAGGAAGAGUCGGAGGAAGAUAACCUCGUAACAAUGGAAGUGGAGCCCAAAGAGAAGUGGGACUGUGAGACCAUACUCUCCACUUACUCUAACUUGUACAACCAUCCCAAAGUCAUUGAGGAACCUAAGAAACCCAAAAAGAUCAAAAUCAACGCUAAAACAGGUCUUCCAGAAGACACUCUCGGCAAACAGAAUAAGCUAACAUUGAAAUCUCUUGCUAAGUUCAACGAAAUGAAUGAGGACAUGAACAAAGCAUCGGAUGACGAUGGUCAGACCAACGCUGAGACAGUGUUAUCUACAUUAAGUGUAUUAUCUAUAAGGCCUAAAGACGAAACGCCAGAAGAGAAGAAAGAAAGAAAACGCCUCCUCAAAGAAUACAGAAAAGAGCGAAGGGUAGAGAAGAAAGCGAACAAAGAAGCCUUCAAAGAAGAGAAGAAGCGGCAAGAGAAGAUCAUGUUGAACAAUAGGAAUAAUGUUCAAGGAAACAGAAUAUUA